AUGUUCGCAUAAAUUUUAGCAUGGCUCUGCUAAUUCAUUGAUAAGACUUUUACGCUUAUACGUAAAAGGUUGAGACCGAAAACGAGGUUGGAACUCAGACGUUAUCACUAAAUUCCGAGAUCAAAUUCUUUUUACACAGGGAAAUUGAGAUUAUUGAUAGGGUUGGAAGGGACUCUCGUUUGUACUAGCUAUACCGCAAUUCCAGGAUGGGAUAAAAUCAAUAUCAAGUAUCUUUCAGGACUCACCCAGGAUUUUUACAUUAAACAUAGACCGUAUCUGGAUCAAUUUUUAUUGAGUGUGUCCUAGAUUUAUGAUGUGAGCAUCUAUACGACUCAAAUCUAAGACUUUGCUGUUCCAAUAAUAGAUCGAUUUUGCAUCAAAUUAAAGCAUAAUUUUUACAGAUAAAAGUAAAUUUUAUUUUUCACAUAGUCAUGUGUAUUAUCUCGCAAUAAAAUCACAAAGGAAAUUAAUAUGACAACCUCUAAUCCUCACAAUGUGAUAUUCGUGGAUUCUGAUGAGGAUUAAUGUCUAGCCAAUUCUGAGAAUGCCUAUCCAAUAGCAUUAUACACUGGUUAAGACAAUGAUACAGAAUUGCUGAAAUUGAAGGAUUUCUUAAUACAAGCAGAAGCAUAGAUGAAAGUUCGCAAAGAGCAGGACCCUGGAGUUACGAUUUAGGACAUACUUUAGGAAAUGACAGCUGAAGACUGA